AUGCCAUCCAUAUGCUUGACGUGUCGACUGCUCGCUGACUCCCUUCAUCGAUAUGAAGAGUCCUUGGCUAGAAACAUCUCAUAUUCAGAACCACGAGACUUCUUCCUUGGCUCCCCCGCCGACAUCCAGUCGCGGAGCACUGCCACUGGGUGCACCUCGUGCCAAUCUGUCCUCCCCUCAACAGAUCACUCAUCCAGCAGUAUCCUCACUACACACUUCUCCGUCGAACAACCUCGAGUGUCGGUCGUUGCGGGUGAGCCAGAUGAUCGAGCAAUUACUGCGACCCUCGCGUCCCGGAGGGAGUUCUUGAACACCGGCGGCGGCGGCGGCGGCGAAGAGCUCAGCGUCAGCUAUUUCCUGACAACCAGAAACGUGACACCGCAAGAACCGUGCGCGAGAAUCGUCAGUUCUUCCCACGUGGACACGAAGCUUAUCAAAUCGUGGAUCUCUCACUGCGACAUUUCUCAUAAGCACAUCUGCCAUCGCCCCUACGACACCUACCUCCUGCCCAAAGCGCCCCUGAGUUUCAUCGACGUCCACAACCUAUGCAUCGUCUCGCCUCCCCCCGUCGGUAAAGAUGAUCCGCCGCCCCGAUACAUCGCACUUAGUUAUGUCUGGGGCACUGCCCGAGUUCAACUCUCGCUUAAGGAGAAUGUAGCAGAGCUUCAUCGGCCAGGUGCUUUUGGCGAGGGAGGGGCGUUUAGCCUGCCGCUGACUGUGCGAGACGCAAUAGAGGUGACGGCCGAGCUGGGUGUGCCAUACCUGUGGGUGGACAGCGUUUGCAUCGUGCAGGACGACGCGGAGACCCAAAAGGAGCAGCUCCAAGGGAUGGGUGCUGUGUAUGCGAAUGCGUAUCUCACACUUGUUGCCGCAUCUGGGGAAGACGCCAAUGCAGGUAUUCCUCGUGUAGGACUAUCGCCAGUGCCAGAAGAUGGGCGGGAGCCGGUUCAGCGUGUGAUAACACUACCAGGCAACCCUCUGAUCAGGACACAGGGCCGAGAAACCUUGAAUCGAAAGGCCCUGGAUUCUUCUAGCCUCAAAUGGAACACACGGGGGUGGACUCUCCAAGAGAAGGUCUUUUCUCGACGCUUGCUCGGGCUGGGCCACAUGGCGACUUGGACUUGUUUCGGCGAUGACUGGGCUGAGGAUAUAUGCUUGCCGAACGAGAGGACUCAGGACACGCUUCCCAUUUCUCGUAGUGAUAGGGACAAGAAGAUGGGCAUAGUGACAUGGCCCAGUAUUGGCGAAUAUAGCACCCUGGCGACUGAAUACGCGAGACGAGACCUGACAUGGUCUACUGAUGCUAUCAACGCCUUCUUGGGAGUCAUGACGCCCAUGGCCGCUUGGUUCCCCGGCGGCCUCUUACAUGGCAUUGCGGAGUAUACAUUUGAUAUUGGCAUGCUGUGGGAUGUUGGUCCUGCUGGCACACAUUUGAGGAGAGACCCAGGUUCGGUUCGACCCCUACAUGCCACUGAUUUCAGGCAUCCCUCUUGGUCGUGGGUAUCGUGGCAGGGAGAUCUGAGGUUUGAUAUGUGGAAAGCUGCCGAGGACUACAGCUUCCCUCGCGGACCUCUGAUAAUACAUCCCUUGGCCACCUGGCACAAGCAGCUUUUGACCGGGGAGUUUGUGAAAAUCGACAACACAUACCACGUUGUCCGAAAGCAUUUCGAGCGCGAGGGUACCGGCAUCCCCGAAGAUUGGACACGACACACAGAGGAUCAGGAAGGCAAGAUAUACUAUCGAAACAGGAGCCAUGAGCAUAUAGUCCCCCAUCCAUCCUUCAACUACCCGAUCCCGCCUCACGGGAAGCUCGCACGUCUUCUGGUCGAUGUUACGGAAGAAGAACGGCAAUUCCUCCGUGGCAAGCUUUAUGAGUCGGACGCAACAUUGGAGACGGAUCUCACAUCCCCCGAUGGAUUUUGGUGCGGCCGCAUAACCAUUCCUUUCGAGAAGGGAGAACAAGUACAAUCUACAGAUGAAGUCGAGGUGAUUGCCAUGUCUGAGGGGGUGUUAGAUCUUAAAGCGCCAUCUCGUAUCCCACAUAUAUUUCAGAAGAUUAGGGAAAGGCCAGAGUUUGAAGAUUCUGACAUAUAUGAGGUUGUAAAUGUGCUUUGUAUUGGACGCUGUGUAAAUGGAAUGGUCUAUCGCCGAGCACUGGGUGGAAUCUGGAAACAAGCAUGGGAAGAGCUGGUGACAGAAGAUGUUGAGCUUUUGUUGACAUGA